AUGGCCGCACUCCGCUAUUACACAACCAUAUUGACCCUGAGCUCAGGCUCAGCUUUCCUCGUGUUUAUGCUCAACCGUUACCUACCCUCGCGCAACGCCAGAAAUUUGACUAGAGCAACACAUGGCCAUGAGACUUCGGCUGCCGUGGCCAUACUGAACCCUCAGAAGCAAGACCUGUUUCAACAUAGAAUCACUAUGGAGAUCCCGACCACCCGACUGAAACCUGGCUUGGACAAUAACGAGAUUCUUGCACGUUUCACACAAGGCUUCUUUGGGGGCUGGAUCUUCAGCCCGGAGCGGUGGGUUGUUCUUUUGCUGACGGACGUACCGUCGGAAACACCAGGCUUUGACAAUGUGAACUUGGAAGAGUCCCCAAUACGGGAGGUCUGGGACCUGGAAGCUCUCUCAGCCAAGGCCCCUCCCCCUUCCGGGUCACUCCUCUUCGGCAACUUCCUCCUUGCGGAGAGUGUGUCGAACGCGACGACACGGCGAGAAACAGAGCAACCUCCCGCGAAACCUGGCCCGCAAGGUCCACGGGACUUUGCGUCGGCCGAAUUCGUAGCGGGUGGAUCGAAGACCUUCGAACUGAUAUCAUCCCAUCGUUUCGAGGUCGCCCGCGAGCAUGACCGUGAGGAGAAAGGAGGGCGCGAUCUGGUUACGGUGACUUUCUCCCACGUCAGCUGCAAGUCCGUCGCCGGCCGGCCGUACUCGACGUUCUUCCGGCUGCUUCACCUUGUCUAUGCCAGGCUGCUUUUUGCAAAUGGGAUCAGGGCGAUUCUGGAGACGAAGUAA